AUGGGUUUACGAUCCCUCGUUAGCGCGGGAUUCCUGCUUCUUCCCAUCGCCGUCACCCUCGGCCUUCUGCUUGGCCUACAGGCACAUAGGGAAGCCCGUGGUAUGCCACCGCCAUUUGUGAGCAACAAAGUCUCGACCGAUACCUAUUGUCAAAGGGCAUUUGGUAUCUCACCAGCCACCCGUGGUCUACAGUACACUUUGAAUCCCAAUCAAUGGGGUAUCGCAGACAAUUAUACUGGUCCUGGAGGUUUAUGCAUGAAUGUCACGAGCUUUGAGAAUGCCAGUUAUCCAACAAACACGUCCGCACCACAAUGGUCCAUCACGUGGCAAUUCCCUCCUGGUCCUCCCACUCAACCUGUCCACGCCUUCCCCAAUAUCAAGCUCGAUCCCGACGCCGUCUUCCCCAUCGAAAUCUCAAAGGUCGCGGCCAUUCACUUCUCGGCUGAGUGGGCGUAUGGGGUUGGGGACGUCAAACCCAACACCACCAACGUGAACGACCUCCUCGCCGCCGACGUCAAUUCCAACGUCGCCAUCGACAUGUUUUUGGAUUCGGAUCCCGACAAAGCCGUGAGUUCGACCGACGCCAAGUACGAAGUCAUGGUGUGGCUGGGUGUCUUUGGUGUGGCCACAGAGCCUAUUGGUUUGAAACAAGGAGCACUGAAGACGCAGUCUGUCAACGGUACCAAUUUCAAUCUCUACUUUGGUGAGAACGGCCUGGGUCAGAGUGUCUUGACCUGGGUGGCUGAUGGAACGGUCCAAAACUUCAACGCCGACAUUGGCCCUCUGUUGCAGGGCUUGACCGGAUUGGGAGGUCCCACCGUCAAUGAUCACCUUGGUUAUCUCGCGUUCGGUUCUGAAGCCCUCAGUGCGUCUACCAACAUCACCUUUUGGAAUCCAGACCUCCACAUGGACGUCAUCUCCAUAUAA